UUCGGAUCUGUUUUAAGGAGGUGUUAUUAGUUUAUAUGUUUUGGUUGAUUUAGAAAUUCAUAUAGUAUUUAUAAAUCCAAGUAAAAUAUACAAAUCCGGAGGUUUUCUUUCGGAUUUGUGUCUUUGUAUUUUUAACAGAAAAAUCCAAGCAACUUCAUUCAAAUCUAUUAUAAAAUCAAAUAUAUUAGUAAAUCCGUGCGAUUGAAUAACACUUGAUUUGAUAUAGAAUUUAUGAAUCAUUAAACCAAUAACACAUGAUUUUAAUACAGAUUUGAAAAUCAUAAAUCCGAACUAGAUUUAGUUCGAAUUUUCAAAUCCAUAAAAAUACAACAACCAAUAACCUACUAAGACUACAAAAAAACAUUUGCAAGUAAUUUGAGCCAAAUAAAAGCCCAUUGAAAUGAAUGCUGAAGGCCCAUCUGAACGAGAACCAAACAACCCAAAAGCUGAAAGAAUCGCCGUCUGAGAUGGAAGGUUAUAGUGGAAGGUCUUUGAAGGACGACCAAAAAGGUCUGAGAAGAGUCUACAAAGGUACCGUUAACAGUAGCAUAUACGAGAAAGUUCAAGAAUUCGUUGGAGCCCUGUAAGCAGAGUGGUGAUGAUGGGAGACGAGGGUUGGAGAAAGAUUAGACUUUUAUGCCCUUCUGUAUCGAAAGUUAUCGACUGGGUUGCUUGGAACGAUCAGAAACUUGAUUUUAAGUCUAUAGCUGCAGCGUUUGGGCUCGAGCCGUCGACGGUGAAGCUCAAUGGUCACUUCAUAAGCAGAGAUAGUGAUUUAGUCGCUUCUUGUGUGACGUGGAAGUCUUUGCUAGCUUUCUUCUCAGCUAAAGGCUUGUCUACUGGUAAAGACGGAGGUGGUGCUCUUCUUGUCGACGGCAAGCUCUCUAGAGUCGGUACCAAAAGAGCAUACUCUGGUUCUCAGGAGGACAUAACCAUCAACAAUCUUGGUCUAAACAGAAACAAGAAGUUGAAAGAUAAGUGUUCAGUAUCAGCAGGUGAUGAACCUCUGCUCUCUGGAAGCAACAAGAGAAAACUCUUGUCUGAAGAUAUGCAAUCACUCAAGAAACUAAAACUCAAUAAGGGUGAUAGCUCAGGAAGACAAAGUGAAAUCGGAAAAACGCCAUUAAAAUGCAGUUUCACUAGUGAUGGGCUCAAGAGGACAAGAGAAGAUGAUAUGAUUGCUUCCGCAUCUUGUAAGAAGAUAAGAUAGAGAAGUACUAUGUAGAAACAGAGCAUGCUGUAAUAGUUUUGUUCUUGUGUAUUGGCUAAAAGCUAAAUGCAAAAUUUAAACUCUUAAAGUGCAAAUCUUAAUGGUCCAAAACACUCUUGUCGA